AUGGGCCCAGCAGUUGGCCAAAUAUCCCUGGUUGGACGCUACCUGGGACGACCACAGCCGGUUCCAGCAGACCUCUUGUUGCCUUUCGGGGAAUUCAUCGUCAAAUACAACCUCACAGACCUUGCAUAUUACAUUUAUUUCAGUACAUCGGGCUUGUCAAACCCUCUUCAACAGUUGACAAUCAACGUGAUGAAGAUGGUGGAUCAGGCUUACGUUGAUGAAUCAAAGGGUGGGGGAUUGGGCACCGCAAACCAUGAUAACAGUGAAAUAUACGUCAAAGCCUUGGCUGAGCUUGGCUCGAGUGCCCUCCUCUCCUCAACCGUGACUGCUGCAUCAAGACCAGUGGGCAACUCUGGCGUGAAACUGGUUGUGAAAACCCCCUCGGGCUCCAGGCUCAUCAAGGCAAACAAACUUCUCAUCACCAUUCCUCCAACCUUAGGCAAUAUGAAGCCCUUUGCUCUGAACAACGAAGAAAACAAUCUCUUCUCGCAGUCUACCUACAUGGGCUACUACACCAUUCUACUCAAUAACACCGGCUUGCCCUCUGGGUACGAAUGGAUCAAUGCGAAUGAUUCAUUUAGCACCUACAAUAUUCCCGAGCUUCCCGACGCCUGUCAGAUAGUUGAGACACGUAUCUCUGGACUGUUCUACGCCUGGUACCGCAGCCCAGUCAGCGUGACACAGCGGGAGGUAGAGGCAUCGACCAUAGCCGCCAUCCAGAAGCUGCAGAAGGCCGGGAACUACACGACCACCACUCCUACGGUGGUCGAGUACCGAUCGCAUACCCCAUUCAAACUCAAAGUUUCAGCUGAUGCUAUUGGCAAUGGAUUCUAUGAGGAACUAUAUGGCUUACAAGGAAAACGUAGCACAUGGUAUGCUGGUGCGGCUAUGGUUUCUCAUAACGCGGGAGUCAUUUGGAACUUUACCAAUGCGUUGCUGCCUAAUCUGGCGGGUUGA